AUGGUUACACCGGCUGUCAUUGAACAGAAACACAGAAAAAUCGGCACAUUUAUCUGUGAACAGUGUGGUCUCAGUACGUCAUACGAUUAUUAUGGAAAGGCUCCGCCAUUUUCGAAGUCAAUCGUAAUUAUGGAAGAUGCUUUUGUUGUGAGAGAUCCAUUCACUUCUGAUAGGAAACCCCUUAUUCUUGGAUCACAUUGUUCUCUCUGUAAUAAAGUUAUUUGCAUGGCAGUGAAUUGCAGUCUCUUCUACACAAAGCGAUUUUGUCUUUCUUGUGUUCAAGAAAAUAUAGAAGAAUUUCCAAUGGAAAUUCAACAGAAAGGCCUGUUUUCUCCAGAGAACUACCACAUCCUCAGAACUUUGAAGAGCUUUGGUGAUGAUGUUGGCCUGAAUUAA